AUGGCCCCAUCAAACGAUUCGGAACACGUUCCCAGUCCUCAAUGGGGGAAUCGUUGGGUAACCAUCAAGACUCUCCGGGGCUUCAACAAUUCCGACGGAACAACAUGCUAUCGAAAUGCGACCCUGCAAAUGCUCUUUCACCUACCCAUAUUCUUGAACUGGGCGGAACUGGCGAUAAAUUCGCACAUCGAUUCAGACGGUGCCUGUUUAAAUGAAAAUCAGGAUGAUGAAUCUGACGAGGAGGACGCCAACUGCAAACUGUGUCUGCUCAAGAAUCUGAUUAACGCAUUCUGGAGUCCGAGACCGGACAAUACCAAGUUUUAUUCUGCCUUGGACGAAUUUUGGCAAGCUUUUAUUGAGGAUUGGACCACUCUGGAGCGUGAGAACGGUGCGGAUGGUAUUGGGCAACAGGAUGCUCUCGAGUUUAUCUCGGAGUUGGUCAAGCAACUUCAGGCUGAAGUUCUAACAAACUCGAUCAAUGAUUCUUUGGGAGAUAUCUUCUCCAUUGAGGUUGUCAAUAAAAGGACAUGCUCAGGUGUCAACGGCUGUGGUGCUAAUACACCCAACAUCGAUUCUUUUGAUUUCUUGACAUCUUACUUCACCGAUGAUGAAAAUUCUCAGGCACAGACCCAGAAGCUUGAGGAGACACUUGAGAAUUCUUUUGCCAAAGAUGAUAUCGAAGGAGUAUGCACUGUCUGCCGGGGAGAAACUCUGCAGGAACAGUUAGUGAUUACCGAGCUACCAGAAGUUCUCCUGGUCCUUCUCAAUCGAAUUGGAGAGCGUGAUGAGGAUUCUGGAGAAACCGAAUUAUUCAAGAUCCAAGAUGAAAUUGAAUUUCCGGAAGAGUUGGUGUUCCGGAAAGAAUGGCUUGCUCCUGAGCUUGGUGAUAUCAGAAAGGACGUCAAGUAUGCGCUUUCAUCCGUGCUGCUACAUCAGUCGGAGACUCCGAACGCAGGUCAUUAUAUGGCCGUCGUCAAGAGUCAGGAUGGAACUUGGACACUUGCCGAUGACACGAAGCUCAGCACCUGGGGGUCCUUCGAGGCGAUGGCAGGUUCCAAGCCCGUCCGGGAGACUGCGUACCUCUUUGAGUAUCGCCGACUUCCCCUGGUGACCCGGGGUCCUUCUAUCAGCUUGAAAGAGUCUCUUCAAAACAUUCAAUACAGCGUUGUUGGACCAUCAAAUAGCCUCAUUGCAGGCGGAGGUGCCAGGAACCGCAACACGAACCAAAGCCCUCCGGAUGUCGCGAUGAUCGAUACAUCCCCUCCCAAGAAUGAUAGUCCUCAAGAUAUCAUGAUGACCGAUACUUCACAACCCAAGGUUGCGCAACAGAACGACGAGACCGAAAUCGAGCUGCAACAGAAACAGUGUGGUAAUCUGGAGAUAAAAUUCACUACUCUUAGCGGAGUGACGACCUUGAAUGUACAUAUUAAGGGGAUGCUCUGGAAUGACUUGAUGGGAAACUCUGGGGGACCACGGUCUAUCACUAGACGAACGGCUUAUAUUGAGCCUGUUUCUGAUGCGGUUAUUCCAAAGCCGAUCAAGGUAGCUACGAAGCCGACUGUGGGGAAGAGCACCAAGGAGUCGACUGAAGUGAAGACUAAGAAGUCAAUUGGGGGGGAGAUCAAGAAGUCGUCCCCCAAGCCGGCUAAGAAGGAGAAGCGACAUCCAGAAGAGUCAACUCGCAAGUCUGGCCGGAUCGCCAAAGUUAAUACUGGCGCGAAGAAGAGUGUUCGGGAGUGA